UUCGUGUGCGUGAGGCCUUGUAGGCGGGUUUUCCGCCAAUAGGGUUUGGUUGAUUCGGUAUUGAUUUGUUGGCGAGGCAGAAGAGGAGGAGAAAGUGAAAGGGGAAGAGGAGGAGGAGAAACUCCUGCCCUGAGAGUAAGACAUAGAGGGAGGGGGAGAGGGACACACACACACACAGAGAGAAAGAGAGAGAGAGAGAGAGAGGGGUGAUUGAUAGACCGUGUUCGGGACGAGAGGAGAGAGAGAGAGAGAGAGAGAGAGAGGGGGGGAGAAAGAGCAGAGAAAUCACAAUCCCAGCGAAAGUCUGACCAAGAAGUGAAUUGCCGCCUGGAUUUGCACAGGGAAAAGUGACUUUGUUCCCGGAGACACUUCUGCUUCUCCUUUUUAUUAUUUUGUGUUUAUAUUUUGCUCCUUGUUUUGCCUUUUCACUCCUCUGCCCUGCAUUCCGUGGAGCAGUUGUGCUUUAAUGCGCACCCGAGGAGGCGAGGAAGGAGAGAACAGUGAGGAAGAAGAGCCCGAAGAAGGAGAAAGAGAAGGAGAAGAAGGAGUGAAGAGGCCUGGACACCACCCCUCCUCGCCCUCUGGAGCUCCGUCCACUCUCCCCUCCUGGCCCUGCAUGGACGGGGAUGGGGAGAGCCGGAUGCAGUUACCGCGGGGCUGAGCGCCUCGCCUCCCCGUCUCCAGUGCGCCGCUUCCGGCCGCUGUUGCUGCUGGUCAUCGCUGUGAGCUGCGGGGCUCACGGAGGUCUCGGUCAAGUGGUCACCCCGCAGUGUCGCAUCCAGAAGUGCACUACUGACUUUGUCUCUCUCACAUCCCACCUGACACCGGCUGUGGAUGGCUUUCACACUGAAUUUUGCAAGGCAUUACGUGCAUACUCCGCCUGCACCCAGAGGACGGCCAAGUCCUGCCGGGGAAACCUGGUCUUCCACUCGGCUGUUCUGGGCAUCUCAGACCUCAUGAGCCAGAGGAACUGCUCCAGAGAUGGGCCCACAUCGUCCACACACCCUGAGAUCCAGCCGGAGCCCUGCAAUUACCACAGUCGCACACAGCAUCUCCAUACGCACUCGCAUACACAUUCACACACACACUCCCACAGCCACAGCAACUCUAGACCUGGGUACCUGUUCUGCGGGCUGUUUGGAGACCCACACCUGAGGACAUUUAAGGACAGUUUCCAGACUUGUAAAGUGGAGGGGGCGUGGCCUCUCAUUGAUAAUGACUAUUUGUCAGUGCAGGUCACUAAUGUUCCUGUGGUGCCUGGUUCCAGUGCAACAGCAACUAAUAAGAUCACCAUCAUCUUCAAACCAUUCGAGGGCUGCACAGACCAGAGGGUCUACCAGGCCGUCACAGACAACCUCCCUGCUGCUUUUGAUGAUGGCACUGUGAGCAGUGGAGACCCCAUUCAUAGUCUCAGUGGCACAGAUGGUGCCGGGAAGGUCCGGGCACUGUGGAUCUCGGAGCGCAACCCUGGCCACCACGUGGAGCUGCACGCCGGCUACAUCGGUGUAACUGUAAUUGUACGCCAACUGGGACGCUACCUAACACUGGCAGUGAGGAUCCCUGAAGAGCUGGCUCAGGCCUACGACGCCACCCAGGACUUGCAGCUCUGUCUGAAUGGGUGCCCCAGUGCAGAACGCAUCGAUCAGGCGGGGCAUCUUCCCCUGCCUGUUAACCCCCCUGCACUUGGCCUGCAGCUGCAGCAGCUGCGUCGACCCAGCUACUCCUCACAGACACAAGCGUACCCCUACGGUUCUUUGCAGGUUUUUAGCAAUGAAGGGGCAAAGGAGCACUGUAGAGAGAAGCUGGAGGUGCAAGACAUUUACUUCCACUCCUGUGUGUUUGAUCUCCUGACCACCGGGGAUGCUAAUUUCACAGUGGCAGCGUACAGUGCCCAGAAGGACAUGGAGAGUCUGCAUCCACUUCGGGACAGGUGGAGGAUUUACCCCCGUGGAUCUGCCUCCUCCAUCUUCCACUCUCAUUUCCAAACUGUCGAACAUCUCCCUCUCCUCCUGCUGUGUUCUCUGAGUGUGGCGUUGAUGUAAAAGCUGGAGCAGAAGUUGUUCUUUGUGCCUGCAUGCGUGUGGGUUUGUGUAUUUCUGUGCACUAGAAAUAGCGUAUUUUGCAGAGCACUGAUACCGAGCACUGAUUCCUCUCGUGCGGAGACUGGCUAACGAGCUUGACAGUUACUGGGAAGAAGAUGUUUUUGUAGGAGAGACGUUGGACUGUUGUGUCCUUCCUGCUACAAUCAGCCCUCAGGUGGUGGAAAACACAGGAGACGUGAAGAUGGCUAACCGUGUGUGUGGCCUCACCUUUGGAUAAGAUGCUAUUGACUGCGAACAGCAUUGACAUGUGGGUGAACAGAGUGUGAUAAUAUACUCUACAAACUGUAAAUAGUUCAUUUUGUCUCUAGUGCACAAUGUAAUGAUGGCGUAGUUGUGUUUUUUGUGAAAUUUUUUUAUUACCUCAGACAGAGGAUGUUUGUUCAAAUUAAAGCACUUUAUUUUGAUUUUAUAUUCUUUACAGAUCCACAUCAGUGUUCGUUUCUGCUUUAACAAAAACACAAGCUAAAACAAUAGAUGGUCUUUUCAGUUGAUUUUCCUGGAACUUCUAAUCUAGAUAAGUGAAUGCAUUCUUCCAGUGGCUGAUUCAACUUCUCUGUUUUCAGUCAGUCAAUGUGAGUUGUUCUGUUGAAUGUACAUGCUUUGCAGCAAAUGGUAUCAGUACCAUGUCCUUGCUGUGUGUAUUUCUUGUUUUUCCUCAGUCCUGAUUUCAAAUACGUGUGAGUGAGUGUGGCUGCAUCAUUUUUGCUGGUGACGUGCUUGAAUCUGUCUUUGUUUCACCUGAGAUUCACGUUUAAGAUACGCCCUAGCUGUUAUUGCCAGAAGACCGUUUUAAUGCUGGCUCACGUUUGUGUUUUCCUUUUUUUAAUUUGAGCCAGAGAUGGAUGGUGUGUGUUUUUAUGCACAGUAAAAAUAUCUCACCACCAAACCAGCACCCUUGUCCAUCUCACAGUUCCCUGUUCGUACACUUGCUACUGUACACGUUUCUUUUCCCUCCUACUGCCAGUGGUGAAGAGCUGCUCCUUGAUAAAAUAUGUGUAAUGAUACUGCAGUUCAGACCAAAUGCUGCAAAUCACUGAGAAAACAUGGCUUCAGAGUCUUCUGGGAUACAAAUACAUCAGCACUGCCUCAUGGAAAGUGAAUGUCAUUAGAUUCCUGAAAAAAUGCCAAAAUCCUACAACUGUGAGUUUAUUUUUCAAUUAUUUUGUGUUUUAAUGUCCUCUUAUUGAUUGCUGAAUCCCCAAUUGUUUGGCAGUGUUGCCUCUUAUAUCAUGUGCGAGUGCUGGAGUGACUGAUCAGUGUUGAAAUACUUAACUUAUUUAUGAACGUAGUGUCCUAUAGAGGAAGUUAAGCUUCAUAUUCUUGCUGUUGGAUAAUUUAAAAAAAAAAACUUUGGAUGUGAUUGUACAGCCACCUAGUGGUGCACUGUUGCUAUGUGUGUUCUGCUCAAAAAAGACAAAAAUUAUGAAACAAACCGUGUGCAAGUGUUUUAUUGAGGAAAAAAAAAAUCAAUAAAGACAAAAUGGUAAAUGUGAA